AUGGUAUUUUCUGGACGACAUAACUGGCUAUACGAGUUCAGGCUAUGCCUGGGGUUGCCAGGUGACGCCCUUGAAUUUGCCAAGCUCGCCGCUUCAUACAAUCCGCACGGCCAGCGCUGUCGUGGGAAGUCGAAUCUCAACGGGGCGUAUACGACUCAGAUAGGGGAUGCGUCGCCAUCUAUCAAUAGCGAUCCUGGAUUUUCAUGUAGUGGUGUAGCCAUCGGAACCGUGGUUGAUGUAUACAAAUGCGGGAGCUCCGCGUUUGUAAAGAGCCGUGAUGUGCAGCUGGACCUAGCUAAGGUUUACUUGUUGCUCUGCAAAGCUAAGCAUUUAUCAGACAACAGAGGGGAUAGCUACAGUGGUAAAGAGAGGACUGAUGAUGCUUCGUACCGUAAAACUGGUAGCACGCCAGCAGGACGUCGCGGUGAUGAACCGUCCGUCGGUUCGAGCAAUGAGGUUCAUGAGGAAGUGCCUGAGCUCAUAGAUAAGUUGGCAAAGAAGUUCAAGCGUUAUGUUGUCAUUUGUGUAGCGUUGUCGGAACAAAGCCCUUUUGAAUCUACGUGUCAGCGUGCGCUAGAUGACGAAUCACUGGUUGUGGACAUUCAACAUCAACGGGCUCCACGAAAUGCUGCAACCCACUUCAAGAUAGACCCGACAAACUAUAGAGGCCUUAUUGAUUAUGCGGAUACAGUUACUGAGGUUGUUAUUCCGGAUUAUGACGUUAAUGCCAUCACCAUCCUCAGUUGGCCUUUCUACAGGGAUGCUACGUGCGGUGACGUCUUCCAUCUGUUGUGUUACUCGUUGAUGAUUGGGAACUUCGAAGCAUUCAAUGUUAUAUUGCAGAACCAUGAAUUCUGUAUGCUUAAUCACCUUAGGGAGAAUUGGAAAGUACUGCUAAGCUAUAUACCCGUGGCCUGUGACUAUGUAAAGUGCCGCCAACUGAUCGAAAAAAUUUUUGACGUUUCGCAUAAUCCAUGCGAGAAUGGUCUCGUCAAUGGGAUUGAUUGGAUCCUUUGGAGAGCGUAUGUUAUACUGGAGACCACGCACUGCUCAUUUUACUUGGCUUACAAGUUCCUGAUGAUAAUGUCACCAUUGUUUUUGAAGGUGAAGACAACUGAUCCAUACGUGGCAUCUAAACAACACCUGGUAGAGAAUUUUUUGGCGCUUAUGAAACAGCACAUCAUUUAUUGCAGCCUUAAUACAAGUGCAGCCACAAGUGUCCAGGAACUCCAAACCUCCAGGCAAAUAUCUUUUAUUGCCUACCUCAAACUUAAGCCUAGCGAAAAGCUCGAACUAUUUUGUGAAUGCAACAAAAUGCCAAAUGUAGGAUACGCGGAUUGUAUGUGUGAAGACAUAUACAAAGACAAAUACGGGAUAUACAAAUCAUGCUUAAAAUGCAAAACCGCCAACCGAACAAAUACCCUUAGCAUAUUCUUUCAGCUGAUAAAGAGUAGUGUCGAAGAUAUUCAGCUGGAUAACCCGUUCGCUGAACUGAGCCAAGGAUUCCGCUCUUUCUUCGCGAGGAUUAAGCAGUGUGCUAGUGCAACUCUCAACGACUACAUGGAGGACAUAUACCACAAUCUCGACGUUGCUGUCGGUUCACACAUGUUAGAAACGCUCUAUGUUUUGACAAAGGCCAUGCUCACAACCGAACUUAGAAACAGUGUCCAUACCAUUGUUUUCCGCAUACUAUACAAUAGAAACUUCCGCUACAACAUAAUAACCAACUACUUCGUAUACAAAUCUAUAUGCGUUCUGUUGGGGGUGGGCAACGAUAUUGUAAGUGAUUCGGAUGAUUGCUUGCGGGAGGAAGAAAGCGAUUGGAUCACGUCGUUGAGUGACACCCACUUGGCAGGAUUAUGCGGGCAUGCCAAUAAGGAAGCUACCAAAUUGGAAUACGGUAAUCCGCACUAUCAGGCCUUCCUCAAGUUGUGGAAAAAUGCUAAUGGCAGACUGACGCGAACUUUAGUUAUACGAGCAGUCAUCUGCGAGAUCAAUUUUGUGGAGGCACUACUCAAUCUCGUAUCAUUGAUGCGCUUGUCGACUUCGGAUGGGAGAACAAUUUACGUUGACACAGAAGAAAUCACAAGGGCUUUGUAUGACAAGGACUCUGCAUUACUGCUCAUGCAGCGUAUCUUGCUGUACCUACUGGAUCAUCAGCUAUCUGUAGGAGAUUUUCGCAGCUGCCUAUACGCUCUCAACGACAUGUCAACCUACAUCAAUGGAGUAACGCCUCAAGAACUCAACACAAUGUUUUUAUACACAAUAUGCACGUCAUCUAAGAAUCUCAGCUACCUGGAUGCCCAGUGUCAUGUUUGGUUCACCUCUUGCAGCAAGAGUAUCGAUGACAUAGGGGAUUUUCUGAGGUCGUCACUGAGAGCUGCGAAACUCACAGUCUACCGUCUCAGUAAGCAGCGUGGUGUUGGUAUUACGUUGGCUCGGGUGAUCACGGAUCUGUUGCAUACGUUACAUGUAGGUGCCUGUGAUUAUUUGUAUUUCAAUAACCCUCUAUCUAAAUCUGGUAUGGAGAUACAUGAGAUGUUAGGGGUCUAUCUCAACUACAUGGGUGUAGAUUGGGAUGGGUGUAUUAUGAACAGAGGUAUAAACGUAUUGUCUUUAUUAGGAGAAGGAGGCCAUGCAGAUUACAUACCUGAUUACGACGCAAUACUUGCUGAUAUCAGGUAUCUUGGAGUGUUUCAGCGCUUUUCUACCGUAUUGAUGGGCUUUAGUUGUGAUAUCGGCAGGUACCGAAUGAAAUCAAAGAAAUUGGGUUAUCGUUUUUACCUGGACAGGGCGAUGCUUGCGGAAAAUGGACUCGGCAGUUUGGCGUCAAUAUUUUUCAAGAAGUCGGAAGCUUCAGUUACCAGCAGCGAGAUAUACUGGGCAUCUCUGUUGUUCGCUUCUAUUCUCUCUGGCGCAUUAACGGAUGGUGAUAUCAAUAAUCACGGUACAGCCGAUGUCGUGAAGCGAAUUAGACACAUUAAGGCUAGCGCUGUGUUGGUGUUGCCAAAGGAAUGGCGUGAAGACGUUGCAGAGGUGUUGGAAGCGCUAGCCAGAGUGUUGCAUGACGCACAAAACCAUGGGGAUGUCCAACUGACUGUAGCAGAUGAAAAGGAACUGUCUAUCAUUUUAGGGAGACUAUGGGGACCUUCAUGGGUAAAAUCGGCGGAUUUUGUGGGAUUAGGUAGAAUCUGCAGCGAUUCAAUCAAGAGCGAGAUGCCAGAGUUCAUGUCCUUCGUGAAGGAGGAGGUAUUUAACAUAGCCGAUGCGUCAGUUGGCACUGCAAAAAGUCACAAUGCGUUCGAUACCUCUGCAAUCACCCUUUUCGAGGUCCUAACGGGCCCGGAUUGUGACUCAGAAAUGACGGCCCGCAAGGGGGCAGAGGUCGAAAUUGACAAUCUAACGAUGCGUAAGUGCAUCCUAAGGCUGCUAAGUACUGUGAAUCUAACGAAAGUUGAGGUUUAUCAAGCUGACAAAAUGAAAAUAUCGUUCGACAAACUGGCACAUCGCUUUACAGGGAACACGGCAAGCGGGCUCCUAAGCAAGGCACUUGGUAAAGCCGAAACAGGGCUUUCAUCAAUUGCUCUUAAGAAAAUGCAGUUUGAAACACUGAAGGGCAAGUUCUUCACCAGCUCAAAGAAAAAUACUGAUAACUUCAACGGCUGUUUUCUGCCUAUUUUGAAUUUCUACAGCACUGCAGUUAUCUGCAUCACUGACUAUGACUUCUCGGACGAAUUACAUCCGGAAAAGUCAAAGCCUGAGCGCCGCGAAUUCACGAAAUGGCCUUCGGCAUCGAGAAUUGAUGUACUACAAUUGAUCCGUGUGGAUAUACAAUUGGGGGUAAUUAAGCUGUUAGAGACCUGUAAUUUCACGUUGAACACGUUGUUUGUCGAGCAGCUACACCAGAUCUUCCACAGCUUCAACGUGCAUCAGUGCCUUCGCGUGUUAGCAGUACUUCGUCCACUACUCCAACAAUUCGGCUGGUCACAAUCCUUGAUGGCCCAUCUCGAAACCAUAGAGAAGUUCUUAAAUCAAUUUUGCAGCUUCCCAUCCGAUACUGAAAUCUACAUCGGUCGUUUCAUCGCGAGCUCAAAGUAUAGGAUGGAACUGUUUGAAGAAAUUUCCGCAUACGUGCUGGAUAAUUUAAAUGCGUUUUUGCACAUAUACAGGUGCCUGGACGCAUUAUUCUCGUGUAAACAGUUCGGACCUGUGUAUCCGCACAUCGCCAGAGAAGCGUUUGAGUUGGGGGAAUUGGUGGGAGCGGUGUGGACAAACGAACCUAUCGCUGGACAACGAUUCGGUAUCGAUGACCACCUACUGAUGAACGAGUACAUUCGUGUGCUCAUGAGAUCUUUUGAAAAAACUUUUUGGGAGUCCAACCCUGCCGAAAUAAUGGAAAAGGUGAGGUGUGUUGAACCAGACUUCCUACAACUCGGCGAGCAGUAUCGGGACUCGCUGAUCUCCAUGUAUGAUGCGUACCUCCAGAAGAGGAUGCACAAGCCAGGGCACUGGCUCAGCUGGAGGAAACUUGUAUGCCGUUUCCUUUCCAUAUACCCCGACCAGGAAUCUGCUUUCGGCGAACUGUUCAGGCCGAACUCCGAAGAUGUAAUACAGCUUCUGGAAGUGGUGGAACGCACCACAGACGGAUUCGACAUCACAGAGGUGGACAGAUUCGAGUCCUUCAAACGCCGACUCAUGCGAAAGGUCAACGUCAGAAACUAUUUCGAGAUUGCAAGUGCCAUGCGGUAUGUGGAUCUGGAGGCGGCAAAAGCAUUGGUGAUGUCGGUCCAUAGCAGCCUCCACCUUCCCGACAACUCUCCUGGAUUUGACGCCACGGGGGCGCUCUACGACUUCGACGUAGAGUCAGUCGACCAGUGGUAA